CCGGGGUCAAGGUACACUCCGGCUCCUGGUCAGCACGCGCUCCCGUUGUUGAUGGAAGCUGGUGGCGCGCCGCUCGCUCCCAGCCCAGGGAACAUGGCCGCGCUGAGAGCUGCGAAGAAGGCUCUGCGUCUGGAAAUGAAGCGGAAGGUGGCGGCGCUGAGUGACGCCGAGAAACGGAGGCAGACGGAAGCUGUCAGCCGGCGGCUGAUCGCUCACCCCAAGUACAAGAAUUGCCAAAGAAUUGCGGUCUUUUUGAGCAUGUCUGAUGAAAUACAGACUGAAGAUAUUAUACAAGAUGUUUUCCAGCGUGGGAAGGAAUGUUUCAUUCCUCGAUACAAAUCUGGAACCAACCAUAUGGAUAUGGUGAAACUGGGCUCUGCUGAAGAAAUCCUCCACCUUCCUCUGACAUCUUGGAACAUUCGCCAGCCUGCUGAAGAUGGUUUGCAGGAAGAAGCUUUAACCUCAGGAGGGCUUGAUCUGAUCCUGAUGCCUGGCCUGGGGUUUGACAAACUUGGGAACAGAUUGGGCAGAGGGAAGGGUUAUUAUGACACUUACCUGGAACGUUGCUGGCAGCACCCAAAGGGCAGACCCUACACCAUUGCCCUGGCCUUCAAGGAGCAGAUCUGUGACCAUGUCCCAGUGGUUGAAACUGAUAAGCAAAUUGAUGAGGUAUUGUAUGAUGACUCAUAGUUGCAUUCAUAAAAAGUGCAGAGGAGCGGAGCUAGCAUUCAUUCUAAAUAUCACACAGCAAUUGAUCAUGUAAAAGAAGAGAAUCAGUAUCAUCUGCCUAUGAAGAGUAAAAUGAUUUAUAUUUUAAAAGACUGAUUUUUUUCUGAUAAUUAUUUGUAGCAAAUAUUAAUGAUGAGUAAAACUGAUGAACGCUUUGUUUCAGAAAGCAGUCAAAAGCAGUGAUAAUGUCUCUAUUUUUAUCC